AUGCCGAGGCGAGGCUUCCGCCUCCUCUCCGACUCGCCCUCGUUCGCCGACCUCCUCAUCACGGCGGACAAGGCGGAUCUCGUCGUCGGCCGCAGCAUCCACGCCGACUACCGCAUCGCGAAUGCCCAGAUCUCGGGCACGCACUGCACGCUCCGGCUGACUCCGUCGGGCCGGCUCAAGCUCACGGACACGAGCUCCAACGGCACCUUCGUGAACGGAAGGGAGAUUGCGCGCUUCAAGACCGUCGACGUGCGACGCGGCUCGACCAUCACCUUCCUCGUGGCCUCUGUCGACGAGCGCGACGCCGAGUAUGGCGACGAGGUCCCGGCCUUCACCGUGUGCGACGCUCCGCCGCAGCAGGCGGUGGCGGAGGCGUCGCCCGGCCGCGAGACGGGCCGCGUGCUCCGGAAGCGGCCGCC